AUGCCGUCCGAUACUAUUGGUGAGAAUGCGGUAUCGGAAGAGCAUGCACCACUUUACAAAUGGAGUAGUUGCUGCUCUCUUUUAAAUCCUCCCAAGAACCAGUCAAGAAGCCAAAUUCGGAAAAUUCACAUCUACGACUUCGACAACACACUAUUCAAGUCGCCGGCUCCUAAUCCAAACUUAUUGUCAUCAUUUUUGGCCAAUCUAUUAACAGAUCCUCAACGGCUCAGCAAUAGGGGUUGGUGGAGCGAGCCUCGCUUCCUGCUGGAGCUCAUCGACGAAUGGAUUGACGCACGAAAUAAAGAUGGGAAUGACGCCAAGAUGGACGCUAUUGAUGGCACAUAUUGGAACAAAGACAUCGUAGAUCUAACGCGGUUGUCCCAACAAAGUCCAGACACAUUAUCAAUACUGAUGACAGGGCGGAAAGAAAUAUAUUUUGCCGAUGUUUUGAGAAGAGUACUGGAAGAACCAGUGUUCGGAGGGAAAAGACUCCGUUUCCAUGGUAUUUUCCUGAAGAAAAGUGGGUUUGAAACCACAAUGCUGUAUAAGACUGCAUGUCUCACCGACCUACUAAUGCAUUACGAUAGCUGUCAAGAAAUAACAAUUUAUGACGACAGAGUUAGACAACUCCGCGGUUUUCGGCAGUUUCUAUCGGAGUUUGUGGAAGCCAUGCAGCCUACGUUGCAAUAUUCGCUUGUUCAUGUCCCUGGUCUGAUCAAAUACCUGCGGCCAUCAAACGAGCGAAAAAUCAUUUCAAAAAUUCUCAAGGAACAUAACGAUGCAGUGAGUGGGUUCAGUUUCCGGUCCCAGAGUCAUGGAACCCCUCGCAUUUUUUACAUGGGCAAGAUUUUUUUGAAGGAAAAACGCCUAGGUGCCGCAUACAUCUUAACGACCUCAUCGCGCCAAAAACUAGUGGCGUUCAUAGCUCAAAAGCUUACACCUGCCAUUGGCUUGGACGGCUUGCAUGUCUUGGGGAGAUACAUAUUGUGCACAGAGCACGGCACGAUCACCAAUCGCAAAACAGCAGCCAUGAUAUUAGCUGGUUCUUGCGAAGAGCCCUCCGAGGAAACAGUAGACACCUUUCUGCAUUCGAUGAAUGCCGGCAAGGAAAACUCGCGCAUUCUUUUCAGAGUCACGAAGAUUGGCAUGGCUCAAAAUGGUCAAUGUGUAUGCGACGUUAGACCCGAGGAUGACGCCAGAUAUGUCUAUACCGAGUUUCCAGCCCUCCGAGUUCCUCUAAUUGCUGCGGACAAUCUACACACCGAUGCCUUGCCUGAGUUGUUCAAUGACGAUCUUUAUAGCUGGACCGAUGUCAACAAUGAAAAACUCAUGAUCGAUGCAGAUUUUGGGUAUAGAUUUGUGCUAACCGCUGUCAUGGCCAAAAAAGCCAAGAAACCAAGGAAGGCACGUAUAUGA